AUGUGGUCCAAAGAGGAUAAUUCUGACCACGAAGAGGAUGAUGAAAUUCCAGAAACUGAAAAAGAUUUCAAACCUUCCUUUGUUGUGAUAGCAAUCGAUACACAUCCUUUGAUGUUCAGGGAGAAAGAAGAUGAAUCAAUUCCGUUUAAAAAUUGUUUAUUAGCUUGUCAUUCUUUGGCAGAUUCGUUAUUGCUAGCUAAAAAUAACUCCUGGAAUAAUUUUGCGGUGUUACUGGCUAAAGAGGAAUCUCCUUCGCUUACGACAUUUGAUGAUAAUAUGAUAGAUACAAUAAAACUUCUAAAAACGAAAGUUGCACUAUCCAAUGAACAACUAGCCGAAGAAUAUAAGAGAAAAGGAGAAUUUGAUUUAGCUGGAUUUUUAUUAGCUUGUAAAAAAGUAUUUUAUGAGGUUAGCGCAUUUUAUAAACGAACACUCAUAUAUAUCACUGAUGACGAUGAACCGGUCCAAGAUGCCACGAAAAAAUUUACUGUUUUUAACGAGAUAAAAACGUUUAGCGGGAACCAAAUUGACUUCCAAAUAAUUCCGACAACUUCAGAUUUCGAUUACAGCAAGUUUUACAACGAACUGUUUUCGCUGUUGGACAAUCCACCUAUAGAAGAAAUAUGUGAGGAUGAGGAAGGUCUUACCGAAAAAUUAACUUUGGCAGUUGUCAGGGGACAGAUGCGCAGUAAAAUGUUAUUCUAUCCGUUCAAGAACGACACGUCACGCUAUAUAAAUUGUUGUAAAUUGAACUUCAUACGUACAUCAGCACUGAUUAAUAGUAAAAUAACAAGAGACGGUAAACAUGUGAAGUUCACUGGAGAAGAUAGGGAUGAACUUCUCAAUGCCUCUUAUUGUUUCAAAACCAAAGGCCACGGACGGAACACUAUUAAGUUUAACUAUAACGAAAAGAAUUCCAUUAUGGACAACAAAUUACCAUUAGGACUGACUUUGCUUUAUGUUUCAAAGAGGAUGACAGAAGUUGGCUAUGCUUUGGGAAAGCCAUUCUUUCUGAUGUCGGAGGAUCAAAAUGAGUAUUUUAAAAAAUUUUGGCAGAACUGCGUCGAGAAAGAAAGGGUGCUAGUCUGUUUGGUGAAGCACACUCAACCUGGUAAAAUCCGUUACACGGAACUUAUUCCGUACACCGUCAACAAUUCUAUGAUGUUCCUCGUUAAAUAUAUACCGUUCGGAAAGGAAAUAAUUCUUCCAAAAAAAGCUAAUUAUCCCGAGCCUGAAUCUAAUGAAAACAGAAGAGCAGCCAUUAAGGAGUUGGUAAAGUCUUUGACGUUCGAUUUUGAUUUGAAAAUGAUCCCAGAUCCCUGCUAUCGAAAGAAGAAAGCGUUUGUUAGGUCAAAGUUACUCGAUGAACCACAAGAAGAACCAAUCGUUGUAACUGUUGUCAAGGAAACUCUAGAUAAAGUUAUAGAAGACGCAGUAAAUAUGAUAAACAAAAACUUUGUUCUGGUAGAGGACAGGAAAAGAAAAACUGCCGCUGGUACUUCAAGAGCAAAGAAAGCCAAAUAA